AUUGAGUUUUCCAUUGAGUUUUCCAUUGAGUUUUUCGCUGUUCAACUCCACUUUGUCAAACUCCCUGCGCCAAUGUACACCAACUACCACGGGCAGCCGCAGCAGCAGCAACAGCAGCAACCACCGCUGCAGCAACGGUAUCAUCCGCAGCAGCUGCCGUACCCAACAUCGCUGCAGCAGCAGCAGGGCUCGGCGUACCCAAUGCCGCCACAGCCUCAGUACCCGAGCUUCCGGAGCCAGUCGCCGGCGUCCAUGCCAGCGCAGCCUCAGCCCAGCGGGAGCAGCAGCAGCAACAGCAGGGGAUUGCCACCACGCCAGCCAACGGUCUACCACGAUCAGCAGUCACAGAUACAAACAGUCGGCGUACACACCAUCUACGAGCAGUUCCCGGAUCUCAAGGCCAUGACGUCGCUGAGCGAGUUGAACGCGUUGCUGGAAGACGAGCAGUUGCUCGACCAGAUUUGCUCAGAAAUGCCAAUGUGCGCAUCCAUCGCAAAAGCCCGGUCGGACUUGCUGGCCAAGAACCACGAUAUUGCGCAACAAAACCUGGCGCUGGAGCCGCGCUUUAUUGAGCAACUCUCGCGGCUGGCAGAGCUACACACCGAGCUGGCAAACAAAAAGCAGCAAUACGAUGCCCUAUUCCAAGAACAACAAGAGGCUUCCCGGCGAUUUAGUACAGAUGCUCUUCUCCAAUCACUGAAAGUGGCAGCGACCGAGGCCGACAGCCAAUCCGAGGCGCUGGCCGAACAGUUGCGCUCAGGCGAAUGCUCGUCCGUGGACGACUUUGUGCGAGACUACCAAGGUCUGCGGCGGCUGUACCACGAACGAAGCGCAAAGAUUGAAAAGUUGCAACACUUGAAAGAUCAUCAACGGUAGAUGCAAACGAAAAAAGAAACAAAAAGUGUUAAGAACAACAACAAUACACAAUGUAAACAUUGCAACAAAACAAA